CUGUACGUGCACUGCUGAUCGACCGCGCGCGCCUUUCGCCACUGCAACCCUCGACGCUGCAGUCGCGCACGAGCCGACGUUGGCACGAGCUAACGCAAGCGUCUGAGAAAGUAGCCGCUUGUAUUGCUUGUGUGUUGCUAUCGCUUGCGAAAUAGCGAAGAGGACACAGAGCGCGGGAGCCGCCAUUGCCGAUCAUCAAAACGGAACUGUUUACGCCCGUGUGGGAUUCAUUUCAUGCUUCCGUCGUACUGGCGAACACCUGCGUAAAUUAAGAACACCAUGUCUGGCUCUCAACAGCCGCCGCUGUUUCUUCAACCUAAUGCAAUCCCGCUUCCCCAUGCACCCAUUAUGCAACCAGCAAAUCCGAGUGCUCCUUCCGGCCCAUCGUACCCAGUGAAUCCUGGAUUUAUGCCAACGCCUGUGCCACAACCCGGAAUUCAAAAUGCUGGAUAUAUGCCAAUGCCUCCACCGCAACCUGGAACUCGGCCACAGCAACAGCAACCCUACAUUGGAUUUGCUCCACAUGAUCAGUUUCCAACUUCACCGCCUCCAUAUCCAGGGCCAGGACAAGCAUACUUUGGGAAGCCAUCAUCAGAGAUGAGUACACCUGUUGCCACUAUGGAAAGAGACACCACACCAACGCUUGAAUCCUGGAAUGGCUUCUCUAACAAAGAGAUCAGGCGUGUCUUUAUUCGAAAGGUCUAUGCUAUCCUCAUGGUCCAGCUCGCCAUCACAUUUGGUUUCGUGGCUUUGUUCAUAUAUGAGCCACAUGUGAAAUUAUUCGUACAGCAGAAUUUCGGAGCUUACAUUGCUGCCUAUGUCUCGUUUAUUGUCAUCUACAUAGCUCUGGUCUGCUGUGAAAGUCUGAGGCGAACGUACCCUACAAAUAUGAUCCUGCUGUUUGUCUUUACACUGGUGAUGUCCUAUAUGGUUGGCGUGAUAUCGAGUUUCCACGAUACUGACACUGUGCUCAUGGCUGCCGGAAUCUGUGCAGCUUGUUGCCUGGCUGUCUCUGUCUUCUCCUGCCAUACAAAGUUUGACUUCACCAGCUGUGCUGGCUUCCUGUUCAUUGCUGUUUGGGCGCUGUUUCUCUUUGGCAUCCUCACAAUCUUCACCUACAACCGGAUUAUGAACACGGUGUAUUCUGUUCUUGGGGCGGUCCUCUUCAUGGCUUUCCUGGCCUUUGACACCCAGAUGCUCAUGGGUGGUCGCAAGUUGGAACUGAGCCCCGAGGAGCACAUCUUUGCUGCACUGCAGCUGUACAUGGACAUUGUGCAAAUCUUUUUGUUCCUACUCAGAAUUCUGGGAAGGCGCUAAACCGCAGGGUGUAGCCAUGCACAUUCAGUGGCGACUUCCAUGUUCUUGCAGGGCUACUUCCCUAUAGUACCAAACCAACCUUGCCAUUAUUUGCCUAAGCUGUUAUUUGGCAGGAGUCAACCUUUCACAGACAUGCGUUGCAAACGCAGUUCGCCUCUCUCUAAGAUGCCAAAGUGCUGGGAUGUGUGGCUAAAUCACUCGUGAAUCAAUGAUUUGAGAGAGGAGGGCUGCAUAAAACAAACGACACUUUGCCCAUGUGACAGCAAAGAAAAGGAACACGCCAUCCAAAGAAGGUAAUCUGGUUUCAAAGUCGAAUUUUGUAAUAAUAAAGGCUGGUGCUCUUCGCAAGCUUUGUUCACCUGGUGCUGUAUCUAGCCAGCUGACCUCAAGAAAGAAAAACACCUUUGUUGACUCCAGCCAUAAAGCUGUUACAAAGUAAAAGCUUCUCUAAGCCCUAGGCACUUUAAUAUAAAUGGCCACAAAUAUGCUCUCAGGUGAGCUGCCGCAGGAAGUUUCCAUACAGUACAGCAGAACAAAUGUUACGUAUAAUGUCUGCCUUUCUUCUGUCAUUCGUCCAGAGUUACCCAUUGCUAAAGUAGAGUAACAAGUGGAUCUGGCUGUUAGCAAAGUGGUUACGUAUUGUAGUUAGCCGUAGCCUGCUCGUGUAAACUGUGAUCAUACAUGUUUAGCUGAAUUAGGCCAGCUCUUGAGUGCGACUGUAUGGCUUUCACAUUCUGCUUUCGCAGCUGUUAUUCUGUUGCUUAGUUUGUGCAAGCACGUGUGUGCGUCUUGGAUUGUAGUAUAAGGAAGGGGACAUUGGACAUCACUGUCUCGCAUUCAGUUUUGCACGUUUUUAAGUCUUACAGGUAAAAUGUGUGAUGCUGUUUUGUGCAAUGUAUUCUUUAGAUGAACAAGCCGAGAUGCUUUAGGUGAUAAGAAACUACUCUGACUAUAUUUUGUAACUACUUUUUCUCGCUUUAAUUUCUUUGCCCUCCAUCUAUCACGCCAAGUCGCCAAGAAAGGUGAAAAUGAUAUGACAUGUGAGCCAUUAUAAAAAUGGAAGAAACGAUGGUUACAAAACUCAGUCCCUGGUUAGUUAUGUUUAAGAUGCGCAUUUAGUGCAGAUAGAUUGCAAAUGGUAUGUUGUUGUAGAGGAGUACCAUGUUGGUGCAGUCAUUCAAUCCUAACUCAUCAAACACAUCGGAGUGCAAUCUGCACAUCACUGAAUGCUGUACUUUUGUGAAUAUGCCUAACUGUUUAAAAAAAAUUCAUCCAGGUCAUCACACACGCUUUAUGUACCUAAUUGCAGCAUUCUAGACAAAUGGGAAGCCACGGAAGGCCUAUGUUUGUCCAUAUCGAGGUUGUUCAUUUUUUCUCGCUAGUCUUCUAAGUGUGGUAUGUACCCCCUUGUGGUGAAAAGUACUGAGGAGCCACCAUUAUGUUGUGCAAAUUUAAUUGAAAGCCACAAAUGGUGCUCGAUGUUCCUAUUUGAGCAGUUUUGUAUCUACUGUAAGUUCAACUGUCAAAUGUGUUUGUGAAUGUUUGUUGUCACAAUGUUCAUCUUCAUUAGAGCUCUGUGCUGUUGUGUAAGUUUCAGUUUUAAACAAUAAAUUGUGAAGACCUUAAUUACAUUGGGUUAAAGCAUUAAGAUUAAGGCCAGCAUGCAGGCAAGGUGGCAUUAACUUCAAGGUUUUCGGUAGUUAGUAGUUGGUUUGGACAAAGUGUUGUGUAUUGGUAGUGAUUAUGUUUAUGUAAUUUUUUUAUGUAUUACGGUAAAAUAAACAUGAACUGAAGAA